UCGAAGGCGCUCGCACGGAUCGGAUGUGAAAAGCGGAAAAUCGGAAAAGUGCCCAGGCGGUUUCGUUUCUCGUCUUUUUUUGGAAAAGUCGCGUUUGGAAAACCCAAAGGCACACUCUCGAAUAAAAUCAAAAAAUAAAAGAAACGACUAGUCGCCCACUUGUGGAAUCAAAUGUUUCUCGUUAAUCGCGAAAAAGGAAUAAUUUGAAGGAAAAUUUCUGUGCUUCUAUUUUCUAAAAAUAGUCCAAAAAUAAUGAAAAGUGAACAAGUGCACAACAUAGAAUAAUAGUUUUUCGUUUUCAUACAACUUAUCGAUCAAAUACAUAAUUUUUGGAGCCAAAACUUAUUCUUCGGAUGGCUGACCGCCCGCCGCUUAGCCGCUAGGUGCCGAAAGCUGAAGGAAAAGAGCACCCAAAAAGUAGUAGAAAAGUUAACAAAAUCACACAACAUCCUCCUCAAAGCUCAGACUAUGAAUUAUGCAAGAAACCAAGAGAGCUGCCAAGUAGAGCAACUAGAACCACAGCACGAACUGCUUGAUGCACAACAUUAGACAUCUCUAGACUUGGUCGAAAAAUUCCAUUUUGCACAAAAAAAAUUAAAUAAAAAAAAAGAGGAGGGAAAGGAGAAAGGAGAGCAGGACCAAGUUACACGAAAUUUCCCAAAGGAUAACAAAACUUGACCCGCCAUGGUGGACGACAUCUCACCGAUGCAUCAUCGGAUGCAGAAGAAGACCAGGAGUGCCUCCAUCUGCGCCACGGGGGCCAGCAUCGAGACGGUCAUCCACAGUAUGCCGGGUGCCUCCGGCAGUGCCACGCCCGAGGGCGGCACCCCCGGCUACCGUCGCCGCCGGCCGGCCACCCGCUCCCAAAGCGCUCGCAUCACCUCCGGCGCCCGAUCGGUUCGACAGCGCACCAAGGCGCAGCAGCAGCAGCAGCACACGCUCCAGGAAACACGCUCCUACUGCACCAGCGAGCCACGUCUGAGUGAAACGGAGACGCCUCCGCAGAGGCGCAAGCUCUCCCAAAGGAGACCCCAGCCACACGGACAUAGAAAGUCGAACGCCUUCCUGGACGUGCCCACCAUGAACAUGCAUCAUCUUCGAGUCAACGAUGACGACGAGGAUGUGGACCGACUGCGCACUUUCAGCGCCUCCAAAGGAGGUAUCAUUAAUCGCGGUGACUCGUUCCGACGCCGCCGGUCGCGCAGCAACAGUCUGGCCCCCUCCAGCCCCAUGCAUCCCCGCAGCGGAGUGGGCGGCCUGGGCGGGGGCGUGGGCGGCGGUAGCAGCCUGGGCCUCGGAUCCGGCUACAACGGCGGCAGCAGCAACAACGGAUUCGGAUUCGGGAACACCAAUGCCCAGGAGAGUCAUCAGACGCCAGUGGAGUUCUUCCGCGUCGAGAUGCUCGGAUCGGCGGGAGUGGGCAAGCAGGCUCUGGUUUCACAAUUCCGCACCUCGGACUGCAUCAAUGCCUACGAUGGACCCGAAUGCGACGAGGCCGAGCAGAACAUCUCAAUCAUCCUGAAUGGCACCGAGUCGGAGCUGAAGUUCCUCACCGGGAACACGGAGAGCAAGGACGAACUGGAGCAGGCGGAUGCGUUUCUAGUGGUCUACUCCUGCAUUGACAAGGAGUCCUUCACGAGGGCCAAGCAGAUUCUAUCGCGGCUGCAGGACAUGGACCUCCUGCGCCACCGCCCCACCAUCCUGGUGGCCAACAAAAUUGAUUUGGCCCGCUCACGCGCCGUCUCCGCCCAGGAUGGCAAAUGCCUGGCCUGCACCUUCGGAGCCAAGUUCAUCGAGGUCUCCGUGGGCAUAAAUCACAACUGCGAUGAGCUGCUGGCCGGCACGCUCACCCAGAUCCGGCUGAAGAAGGACCAGAACCAACUGCAGCUGAAUCCGAAAAAGUCUAAAGACAAAACCAAAUUUAGAGAAAACAAGAACGUAGAGACUGUAGAAACUGAAAAAUGUCUGACUGAUCUUAAAACUGGCGAUGGGGGCCCGAGGGAUGCCAACUCGCCGGCCCACUGGUACAAGAGCCGGAGUGUGAUGCUGGCCAGCAUGAAGGCCCGCCAGAUGCUCACCUGGAUCCUGGGCAAGGAGGACUCCAAGUUCAAGCACUGCGAAAAUCUCCAGGUGCUAUAAGCUAUUAGCAUGCAUGCAUAGAGAUAUGUGGAGCAGAAAAGCUUUAUAUUUAAGUGCUACCAGAUGGGCUCAUCCAAUAUGUAAACAGGUUUCGAACGGUUCGAAGCUCUUCUAAACAAAACGGCCAUCCUUCCCCCAACUACAAUGUGUGUGUUUGUGUGUGGUAAUAACUAAAAGCUAUAGCAAACAGCAACCAUUAGUAAUGUGUAAUGUGUAAGCCUGAUAAUCAAAAAUUAAAUCAAAUUUAAUGUAAAACAUAAAAUGUGGAGUGUCAGAAGCUGGGAGAGACUACUGAUGUGCAGCAGCAACUUAAGGAACCAAGCGAAACGAGCAAAACCAAAAACCUACUGUACUUACUAAUCUAAGCAGAGUAAAAUUCUACUUAUGUACUUAACUAGUUACUUUAGAAACUACUUUUCUAACCAUAAGCCAGGGAGGGACGUGUGUGUGUUUGCUAUUAGAGGGAAUAUUUUUCAUAAGCUGGACAGCAGUUUAACUAUUUACAACUAAAUGAACAAGAUGGGCCAAAAGUUGUUCCCAGUCUAAACAAAGCAAAACCAAAACUUUACAUAUAUAAAUACCCAAGGGCAAACGAUUUUUGUAUAGGAUUUAUAGCAUAUAUCUGUGUGUGUGAAAUUUAUAAGUAAUAUUUGGUUAUUUUCUGUUCUACAGCUUAGGGGAGUCUUACAGGGUCUUUAUUCAAAAGUUAGUUAGAAGGAAAGCCUGGCCGAAAGAUUGAGAUUGGAUCCAUACCCGUCAUACAUCAC